AUGGUCUACCCUCAUCUUGAUUCCUUUUUCAAUCAAUUCCAGGCUUGGAUGUCUUGGAUCAGCCAUGGAUUGUCCAGUUUGUCUGAACGCAUUAACUCAUUCGUUUGCUUUGUUGCACGCAGCAUCCUUUCGGUUUGUCACAUUAUCCUGGGUCCAAAUCAUGCACAGUGGCAUGAGAUCUUUGUCUUCGAUGAACAAGAACAUCAAGGCAGCAGUAUGGUUUGUCGAUUCAUUGCUGGCUUCGGCAUUUGUCACCGUGUGCAAGGAUCUUUCAUUAUCGAGCAGUACGGAGAGACAACACUCUAUCGUCUCCUUUUCGAUGGCGACGAAGUGAUUGAUGCUGAUGGACCCAACACCAAGGGCAAUCCAGCUCAAGGAUCGAUUCUUCUUCCUGAUGGAAUCAAAUGGAAGCAGACUGCCAAGAAAGCCAAAAGCAACAACACUACCAAUGUCCGUGGUCGAUCUGUUUUCCUCGCGUUCGAGGCCAAUCUUACAGGUUUGACGGCUCUCCAGCUUACCCUUAUUCAUGACCGCCAUGACCACAAAGCAAAGGAGACUGCUUUGGAGCUUCAGAGUGCGUUCGAAGGAGCUUCCGUCCAUGUCAACAAGCAUCCUCAUCCAUUCAACAACUACUAG